AUGCCGAUUGGAGUGGGAAAUGAACUAUUUCCAAGUUAUGCAAACUCAACAUCUGAUGUAAUUUCAAACAUAAGAAUCCUUUGCAACCUGCUUUUUACGAUAUGGAAGGUGCAAAAAUGGAAUCCGGGCGAUUACUUGGGUGGAAUUGUACUUUAUGGAAGAUGUAGUCAUUGGGACUCGGGCUAA